AUGUCUCAGGCAGCCAAAAAUUCCUUAGUGAAAUUAAUAGUUGCAGCUGGUCAAGCUGCACCAUCCCCUCCAGUUGGCCCUGCCUUAGGUUCUAAAGGUAUAAAGGCUAUUGACUUCUGUAAGGAGUUUAACGCCAGAACUGCCAAUUAUGAAGCAGGUAUUCCUAUUCCAACUCUAAUCACUGUGAAACCAGAUAGAACGUUUACAUUCGAGUUGAAGUCUCCUCCAACAGGAUAUUUACUUUUGAAGGCCCUUGGGAUAGAAAAGGGAUGUGGGACACCAAACCAGAAAGCUAAAGAAGGCACAGUUGGCCAACUUUCGUUGAAGCAUAUAUACGAAAUAGCAAAGAUUAAAAAGACGGAUCAAAGACACUCAUUGCUAGAGAUGGAAAGCAUUGUAAAAUCUGUUAUUGGUGUUGCCAAGAGCAUGGGUAUUAGGGUUGUUCCAUGA